AUGAAUCCAAUACAUAUACUUUUUUAUUUUUUAGCAUUAGCAUUUUAGGCUUCUUUUUAACAAAGUUCACCGCCUCCUCCUCCUCCUCCUUGCUCGAUUCCACAGUGCAUUAGUUCUAAUAACUGCGUGACUCCAUCACUUUCUUAAUGUAUUGAUUCUUCAAUGAAUUGCUCUUUUCCACAAUCAAAUCAAUGCAUUAUCUAAUCUUCUAAAUUAUGCAGUGUACCAACUUCAUAGUAAUGCAUAGAUCCUAGUUCUAAAAUAUGCUCAACUCCAUCCUCUUCUUAAUGCAUAGAUUCAAGUUCUAAAUAAUGUACGACCUUGAGCUAAAAUUAAUGUCUUGACACAAAUUUAAUCUGUAAUUAAUUUAGCAUAUCUAAUUAUGUAGGUAAAAGUAAUGAUAAUAAAUGUUUGAUGGUGAACUAAAUAGGCAAUAAUGUGCAAUGUAUGAUUUCAAAUAACAUAUGCAUAACAUAGUUAUUUAAUUCAUGUGUUGAUUAUAGUGCAGAAUAGUCUAAUCCUAGUAGUUAAUAUAUAGGUUUGAUAACGAAUAGCAAUACUUAAUAAAGCUAAUACAUUUGUGCAUAAUUAAAUACUAUAGUAGCAAUAGGACAGCAAAUAUAUCAAUUGAAACUCCCUUAUUGUUAAGAUACAUAAAAUAAAGUGAUAGAUUUAACAUAACAAAACAAUUUUGUAGCUAUAGAUUCAUCUAAAUAUUCAUGCUUAUAUGCUGACUAAACUUCUACUAGCGGAAUUUCAAUAUGUCAACCUGGACAUUGCAUUCUUAAUAAUAAUGUAUGUACUAGUCUAUCAAUUAGUCAGCCAUCAAGACUAACAGAUGGUAGUUGUGCCAAAUUAAAUACUACAGUUGCAAUUGAGUGCUAAUAAGACCACCCUUUUACUACAAAUUCAAUAUGUUUUGAUUAGUAGAAAAAAUUUUGCACCUAAAUACUUGAUUUCUCCAUAAACGCAAUAGGAAUAUUGCCUAAUGGUGAUUGUGUUUAGUAAAAUUAAGUAUAUGACAAUAUUUAAUUGUGCUCAGAUUAAAGCUGCAUAAUCAAAGUAGGAAAUAAAUUUAAAUGCAUUCCUUUUGAUGAUACAUACAUAGGAAUUGAUAAAGAUGGAUUAUGUCUAUAAUUAGGCUAAAGCACAGCUGUCAAAUGUAAAAAAAAAAAAUUCUGCAUAGAGCAAACUAAUUUUACAUGCGUAGAAUUAACCUCUGAUCCUCAAUUUCCAGAUAGAAUAGCUAGAGAAAAAAUAACUAUGAAAUGCUUAUCUCAAAACAAUGACAAUGGGUAAAAUAUAGAAAUAUGUGCAACAGGAUUAUGUCUCCUUACAACUUCUUCUUUACCACCAUCAGAUUUUUGUGUUUUUUAUGGCGAUACAAUUAUUAACAGCCAAGGUACAUAUGGUCCUUAUAUUGGUAUAGAAUCUAUAACUGAAAGAUGUUUGCUUGAAAAUGAACAAACUUCUAAAAAUAUUAUGAGGUGUUAUGGAAAUAACUAUUGCAUACUAACUUAAGGUAGUUAAUAGUCCUGUGUAGCUUUGAAAUUCAUUUUUCCUCCAGAUCUAUAAAACCCACCUCUAUAAAAUUAAGCUGCUAAAAAUAAAAAUGAUGAUACUUGCUAACCUGUAAACUAACCAAAUUCGAUUUCCUGUGCUGGUCCUUACACUUGUCUUAAUGGGGACAAAUGUGUUUCAUUAAUUGAUUCUAGUUAUACCGAUACAGUUCUUGUAGGCAGAGAUGCAAAUUCAUAUGAUUGUGUUGAAAUAAAAAAAUAUGCAAUAUUUUGCAAAAUAGAUUUUUGCUUGUAAGAUGAUUAAUGCUUACCUUUAGAUUCUUAGAACGUUGGCAGAGAGUUGUAUACCUCUAGUUGUUUGUCAGAUAACUAAAAUACAAGCUAACUCAUUUCUUAAUGUAUUGAUGGGUAUUGCAUCUCUACUCCUUUUUAUAAAACGUACUCAUGCAUAAAACUAGAUUAUGAUAUAAAGAAAAAUGCUCUAGGGAUAGAUGCUUAACAGAAUUGCUUGCCUGCAUAUACUCCUGUCGCUGUGAAAUGCUUUGAAGGGAUGGCUUGCUUGGGGACAAACAAUUAAUGUUAAUAUGUAGAUCCUAAUUAAUUCAACAAAUGUACUUUAAAUGGAAAAUGCUCAUCAAGUAUAUAUAAUUGUAGCUAAUGCAACUAUUAAUAUUGUCUUAAGUCCUCAACUUGUGUGCCUAUAGAUAAUUACUGCUAGGAUUCAUUAGGGAGAUGUGAAGAUAAAACAUCAGGAAUUUGUAAUGUUUGCCCUUAAUAGCAUUGUUUAGAUAAAUAAAAUGGAAAAUGUAUAGCAUUUUUAGAUAUGAAAAUGAAAGCAAACGAAUGCAUUUAGUAAAUAAGACCAGAUACGCCUUGCUAAAUUAUUGAUAUGAAUAUUUUUAGUAGUGAUUCUAAUUUAUUAUGUGCUGACAGCUAAAAUAUCUGCAUCUUGCAAAACUAAGCAAACUUAAAAUUUUAAUGCAGAAGAUGUCCUAUAAACUUUUUUAAUCUGGGCGACAAUAGAUGUUUAUCAUUUUAGUAAAGAGAUACAAGCAAUGUUUAGAGUACAAGCACAAUAUUCUCAUUAAAUCUAAUUUAUGUUCCAGAGGACUAAUGCUAAGGAGCCAUUUGUAAGUAAACUAAUAAAUAAAAAUGUCCAAUAGGAUGCUAUUCAUGCAAAGAUUUGAACUUUUGUACUAAAUGUAUAGAAGGAUAUUUUCUUUACACAAGUUAGGAUUUAAGUGUUCAAUGUGUUAAGUGUGACUAUGAUUUUUAAUUAAUAACAUAAUAUCCUGAUUCUUAAAAAAUUCCUUUAGCAACUACAAAUAUUUAUUAAAAAUGUCUUGAUUGUAGUCUUGAAAUAAAUGAUAUUUGGAAUAAUAAAUAAAUAUCUACUAAAAUUUGCUAACAAGUAGUUGUUAAGUUUACUAUUGAUAGUUCUAAAAGUUUGAUUUUAAUUCAAAACUAACCUUCAUUUGGCAACAGCUACACAAUUAAUCCUAUUAUUAAUCCUUAUAUUUAUUAAUACCCGAAAUUUUAAUUAAGCUAGGUGAAUUCAUGUUCUUUUUUGUAUUGUGCAUUUUGUUAAUAUUAGUAAGUUUAAGGCUAUUAUUAGUAAGUAUGCAUAAAGUGUGUGACAGGCUAUUAUUUAAACUUAUAUAACUAAUGUGUAUAAUGUAAUAGCUAUUGUAAAUAAUGCGAGUUAGGUUAUUUGAACAAUUAAGGAAUUAAAGUUUAUUAUUACUAAUUGAGUGUCUAACAAAGAUAGUAUGUAAACAUAUACUUGCUUUAACCAUUUUGUUAAAUUUGUAUAGGAACUAAUUACGUCAUAUCUUAUAACUUAAAUAAUUGUGAAUAAUGCAGCAAUAAUUGUGCUACCUGCCAAUAUGCAAAUAAAAAUGGUUAUCUGAAUGCUGGAUAUUAAAAUAUUGUCUAACUAGAUUAUUUUUCAUUUUAAUAUUAAUAAUAUUACAAAAAAUGCACACGAUGCUAAUCAGUAACUUAAACUGUUCAACCAGAUGGAUCCUGCCAAGAUGGUAAAAUAUCUUUUUGUAAUUUAUAUGCUCUAUAAGAUGGUUCAAAGAUUAAUUUAAUUUACAAUUUCAAUAAUAAUUGGAGUUAAGUUGUAUGCUGGGCUUGCAACAAUUAUUAUAUACUUUCAAAAAAUAAAAAAUCAUGUAAAAAAAAUACAGAUCUAAAUGGUGCUUGUCUUAAGUUUGAUACUACUAGCACUAAAUGUAGUUUAUGUUAAUAAUUUGCUCUCGAUGUAUCUGAUAAAAACAAUAGAAGUUGUAAUAUAGAUUUACCGUGCAAAAAUUAAAUAAAUUAAUGUGAUAAAUGCCAAUACUCAUACUAUAAUAAUGACUUAAAUGAAAAAGUAAUAUAUUUUAAAUGCGUUUAAUGUUAGUAAUAAAAUUACAUGGUAACAUUACUUGGUUGUGAUUAAUGUUAGGAAGGAUGUUCAACAUGCUAUGAGAUGGCGUAUGAUAUUUAUUAGCAGAAAUAUAAUUUGACUGCAGAUAUCAUUUAUGGAGAUACAGAUUACAAUAUUUAAACUAGGUUGAACUAUAAAAGUAUAUUCCAAACAUAAAAAUAUUGUAGCUCUUGCUAUGAUGGGUAUUAUCUGGAUCCUGUUUAAUAAAUUUGCAUAAAAUCUCCUUGUGGAUAACUAUGCAAUAAUUGUGUCUUUUAAUUAAAUAAAUUCUUUUGCCUUGAUUGUAAUUAAACAGCUGUCUUGGAGUCUAUUAAAUCUAUAUAUAUUUUCAUGGUUAACUUUUUUUUUGGAAAAAAUUAUAUCAGCUAAUAAAUGUAAAUUAGUACUUUUAGUGCUGAACAAUAAUCUUGCUAAAUUUGCCCUUACUUAUGUGAAACUUGUGACUAGUCGAAUAAUUAGUUUAAAAACACUUAUUCUAUUUAUUAAACUAAGUGUUAUUCAUGCAAGACAAUAGCAUAACUUUAAGCAGCAAGCUAAGGAGAAUUUUAGAGUUAUUUUUAGGGAUAUGAAAUAAGAUUUGACAAAUAAAGAUUUUAGUGUACUAUAUGCAAAAUUGGAGAUUAAUCUUGCUAUUUCAAAAAAGUUACUAAGCUUUAUGUAACUUGCUUAAAUAUAGAUUCUAUUGGUCUAGGAACGAGAGAUAGUCCUUUAAAUCUUAAUAUGAUUUCAGAAAUAAGUAAUUUUGACAAUAUAAUUCUCGGAGAAUAGAAUCCUAAUUUGGCAUUUGUUGGUUUGAAUGAGAUUUCUCUAAAAUAAUUAGAUUUGCAAUUGGUAUUUUCUUCAGAGCUUAGCUAAUGCAAACUUACAAAAUCUCUUAUUUUGAAAUCUAAUUUGUAAUAAAGUAUCAAAUCCUUAGAAGUGCUUCAUUUAAAUAUAACCUAUGAAUAAGUAUAAGAUAAAUAAUUCUAUUUUCUACAAAUAGGCCCUACUGUAAUCCAAGGUUUCACUAAUGUAACGAUUUCUAAUAUGAAUAUUGAUUCAUAUUCUAUAGAUUUUGACAAGUUUAAUAUAGGAUUUUAGAUAUUCUCAUCUAUUUUAAAAUAAGUAUAUAUAAGCAACAUUAAAUUCAUAAGAAAAUAGCAAGGACCUCAAAAUAUAUUAUCUAUCUUUAUCAAUAAUUUGUAGAACAGCCUUGUAUUAUAAAAUGUUACAUUUGAUAAUCUUACCUUUAAUAAUUCUUAAGUUGUCUAGCUUUAAUACACUUAAAAUUUAAUCAAUCCUAGUAUUCAGAUAUUGCUAGAUUCUAUUAAAAUCUCUAAUGUCGUAUUUAAUGCUUCAAAUUUUAUUUAGAUAAUUCAAAAUAAUACAUCUAUCACUGUUAAAAAUAACUUAAUUAACUCCUGCUUAUUUGAUAAUCAAAGUCUUUUUUUUAACUAUCUGAUAUUUAAUCAAUAGUUUAUAAAUACAUUUAGAGCUUCUGGUCUUAUUUUAAGUGAUAAUUAAAUUUAAAACUAUUCAAAAAUACUCACUUUUAAUCAAUUUAUUAGUAUUAUGCUAACAAAUAUUUAAAUAAGAAAUAAUACGUUACAGUAAGAAAGCUAAAUUAUAAACUAAAAUCCAUCAUUAUUUGAGGUAAACUGUCUUGAGACAAAAUCUUUUAUUGUUACUAACAACACAAUAAAAUAAUAUAUGUUUUUUAAUAUACUUAGAACAACAAAUUAAUUUCCAAAUUAUUUACAUCUUUAAGAUAUUCAAUACAUCUAGAAUGUCAUUUAUAGCAAUUAAUUUAUCUUUUUAACAGAUAACAAUCAAAAAAUAGACGAAUUUAUUCUUUAGUUUACAAGUAUAAAGAGUAAUUUAAUUAUCAGUAAUCCUUCAACCAAUCUUCAAGCUUGUAACUUUAUAAGUCUUUCAAAUGUCGAUAAUAUAGUGGUACUAAACACUGAAAUAAACGACUAUGCUUAAAUAUAAUUCUUGAAAGUUCAAUAGGUUAAUAAUUUAAAGAUAAAGGUAUUAAAGAGUUAGUAAACUAAUUAAAAUAUUAUUAACUAUUCUAUUGUAGAAAUUAAAAGCUUGCUUUACUAAUUAUUAUUAAAAAGUGUUUUAAUCUAAAAUACAUCUUUCCAAAAAUCCCUUAUAACUAUAACUUUAAAAUAAAAACCGCAUGAUAAAAAUAUGAAUAAAUCUUUUUAGAUUUAAGAUAUAUAAGUGAUAAACUGUAUUGUCAACAUAACUUAAUAAUAAUUUAGUACAGCUCCAAUAUAAAUAAAUUCUCAGAUAUAAGAUACUAUUAAAAUAUCUAAUUUGCUUGUUUAAGAUUCAUCUUUGGUCUACUAAAUAAAAGCUGAUGAAGUUUCCUCUAAAAUUGCUACAUGUGCAUAUAUAGAAGCCCUGAUAGGUGAAAUUGAACUAACAAACUGUAGAUUCUUAAAUAAUUACUCUGUUUAGAAAAAUAAUUGCUUAGUUUUAAAUACUAAAUCAUUUGUAAUUAACAGCUCGUAAUUCAAUAAUGAUUAUUCAAAAAUAGAUUUCUCAAAUACAACUGUAAUUGGAGGAUUUAUAUAAUCUUAUACACAAAGUGCUUAUAUAACUGAUUCUAAUUUCUAUGGUGGUAUAGCAAAGUAGGGAGGAGCAAUUUAUAUUAAAUUCGAUAUUAGUGGCUAUUUAAGUAUUUAAAACACUGCUUUUAUUAGCAAUUUAAGUUUCAAUUCUUUUGAUGGAUAAAGUAAAGGGGGUGCUCUUUACUUAGACUCUCAACUUUGCAGCUUUUAUGGAGAAAUACAAGCCUCAAUAUUUAUGUAGAAUGUUGCACUUUAUUAAGGUGGUGUAAUAUUUUUAUAAAACUCAAAUUUUAAGAAGUUAAUAAAUAUUGAUAAUACUUAAUUUAUUGAUAACUUCAGUGAAUUUGGCUCAGUAUUCUACUUUAGCUUUUAAUAAAAGCAAAAUAAUAUAUUUUAAUUGAAAAAUUCUUAGAUUAAUUAUAAUCCAGUUAGCAUUUCUUAACAUCCCUUAGUGAUAAGGAUAAAAAAAUAUUUAAUCAAAGAAAAUGUAAGUUUUUAAUAAUUAUGCUUGAUUGGGUUCUUUGAAAUUUAUCUUUAAAAUAAUCAAUUCAUAAUGGCAAAUUAACAAUACAGCUCUCUUUUGUAGACUAAUUUCGGAAUAAAGACAUUAAUCGAAGCAUAGGAUGUUUAAUACUUUUUAGAUUAAAAUAAUUAAUACUCAAAUGUUAACUAUUAGGUCUCUCUUAUUACAUUGUUGAAUAUUUUACAAGUUAAUAUUUAUAAUAGCAUUUUUAGUAAUUCCUAUAGCUAAAUAGCUAACACUUUUCUACAAAUAUAUUCUAAUUAUAUUUAGAUUUCUUAUAGUUAGUUUACGAACAAUUAGUGUUUGGCCUGCUAAUAUGGUUUGAUUUAACUUAAAAGUUACUACUUAAUGGUCAUAAAUAACUAAUUUGAGUAAAAUAAAGUAGAAGAUAAAGGAGUAUUGUAUAUUUAUAAAAUUGAUAGUUUUAACUCAAGAUUUUUGUAAGGAUUUUCAGAUUUAAACUAUAUGAAAUAGCUUUCUUUUAACAGAUUUGAAAAUAACUUUUCAUAACAAUCUGGAGGAGCAGUCUACAUCGAUAAUUCAAGCAUAUACUUUUUUAAUUGUUCAUUUGUUGGCAACAAAGCUAAUAAGAGUAAUGGAGGAGCUAUCUAUUAUAAAGGAAUUGAUUAAAAAACUAAUAUAAAAGUAGAGUAAAGCUUUUUCGUAUAUAAUACUGCUUAAAUAGGAGGUGCUAUUUACUCAGAAAGUGGAUAAUCAAUUUAAAAUCUUAAUACUAAAAACACGUUUAUAUAUAACAUAGCUUAAUCUUUUUCAUUCAAUAUUUUUUAGUAUCCUCAUCACAUGGUUGUUCUUUUAAAUCAAGUUCAGCUAAAUAACAACACCGUCUAUCACUCUAGUGGAAAAUUAGAUAAAAAACUUAGCAUACAAUUUAUGACACAGGAGAAUGAGUACUUUAAGAUAUUUCCUGUAAAUGUGACUCUAAAAGUAAUACUAAAUGAUACAUAAAAUGCUUAUUUAAGUAGCUCAUAAAUUACUUAGCAAAGUGGUAAUUUUGAAUUAAAUUAACUAACAUUAAAUGGAAAGUUUGGAUAAACAGUAAAACUUACAUUCGUAUCAAAAUUAAUUAAAUCUCCUAUUUAUGAUUAAAAAACUGGCGAAAUAACUUCAUAUAACACUACUUAAAAUAGUGUUGAUUUAAUUGUUUAAUUCAUUUAAUCUUGCGAGUUAGGAUACUGGCACAUAUAAAAUUAAAACUUUGAUUUUUGUUAUAGAUGCAAUAAUCCACUUUUCAAUUACUAGCCUGGUGGUAAAUGUAUGAAGUGUCCAUCUUAUGGAAUAUGUGAUGGAGGAAUGAUCUUCCUUAAAAAUGGGUAUUGGAGAUUAAACCUAACUAGUCCUGAUAUUUAUUAAUGUAACACUGAAGUUAAUAGUUGCACAGGUGACAUAGACAUAUACUAAAAUAGUGGGAAGAUAACAAGAGACAUUAAUAUUAGAUAUUGUUAAAAAGGAUCCUUAGGCCCUUUGUGCUCAGAUUGUGAUAUUUAUGCAAAAUUUUGGAAUGAAUCAUAUGCCUAAGACGGUGGACUUAACUGUGUUAACUGCUCUAGUCAUAACUCAUUAUGGCUAUUCGUUUUGAUUAUGAUACUAAAUUCGAUUUUAACAGUCUAUAUGGUGAAUGUUUUUCUGAAAUAAGUUGCUUUGACUAUAUAAAUUAAAGUUCUUUACUAAAUGAAAAUUUAUAUUCCUAGAAAUAUUCAACAAACAAGCUUUUAUAUUAAGCUCAUAACUUCAUAUUUGCAAAUAUUUAUGAUAGUAAGCUAUAUCAUUAAAAAUUAGUUGUAAAAGUAUCAAACCUUUUUAUCUCCUGUUUCAGAUUCAGGAAAGCAAGCCCUAUUUUCUUUAGAUUGCUCCUUCAUAGAUAUUUACAAAAGCGUAGAUAUGAAUUAUGUGUUUGUUAAAGUUUUAAUAGGCCAAGCACUAAUCUUCUCUUACAUUAUUCUUUUUAUAAUACUUUAUAUAACAUAGAUAGCUAUCUUAAAAUAAAAAUUCAAAUUUAUUGAUAUUUUUUCUGGCAUUAAUUUCAUAUUUAUAGCUAACUAACCUUCUGUUGUUCAAUAAAUUAUGGGAAGUGCCAGCUGUGUAAAUUUAUACGGAAAAAACUUUGUUAAGAGUUUUUCAUCUGUUGACUGUGAUGACUAAUACAGUUAGCAUAGAAAUAUGAUUCUUUACCCUUUGUUAGGACUAUGGGUGAUUUUAAUUCCUUUAUUUUUACUAUUAAAAUUAAGGAGUGUAAAAGAAAAAUUAAAUAGACUAAAUAACCUUAAAAUAUAUGGAAUAUUCUACUUUGAAUACAAAGAUUAGUUUUAUUAUUGGGAAAUAGUUAAAAUGUUUCUGAAAUCGUUGAUUGUAAUAGUAAAUAACUAGUUUUUGGAUGAAUAAAAUCCUUUAAAAUCUUCAAUAUUAUGCUUUAUACUACUGGUUUAUUCAAUAUCAAUAAAAUAAUUCAAACCAAAUUGUAAUACAACUUUAAAUUAUGUAGAAUAAUUGGUUUAUAUAUUUUGUUCGAUUAGCAUAGGCUUAUGUGCCUUCUUAUCUGAAGCCUAAGAAUCAUAUUAAUAAUCAAGCAAAACUGCAGCUUUCAGUAUUCUUAUAAUAGUUAAUAUAUUUUCUGUUGGUUUUUUAGUCAAAAAUAUACUUUAUAUAAUUAUCAAAGAGUAAAUUAGCAGCUUUGCUACUAUAAUCUCAUAAAAGAUCUAAAAUUUACCUAAAUUAAAAUAUUUUCUAAAUAAAAUUGGCUAUGUUGAUAGACUGAAGAUUUUAAAUCUAUGGAAAAAUCUAAGAAUAAUAAUAUAAUCACCUAAAUUUAAACAGCUUAAUGAAAAUCAUAGCAAACAUAUUUAUCAAAAUAUCAAUAAGAAUUAUUAAUAAAAUAAAUAAUAACUUACUCAUAACCCUUAUUAAACAAUAAUCUGA